UAAUGGUAGCCAACUGGUGAGAUUGUGGUUGCUUAAGCAACAGCUGAAUUAGCCUUUAUUUUGUGCUUCUGUCGAGUUUGACACACCGGUGACGAAUCGUCGGAUGGUGACCAGCGCUGGGACUUGGCUAAAACGAAGCCAGACAGCCGUAAACAAAAAGAGUAUCCAGUGUUAAACCAUCAUGAUGGCAGGUUCCCAGUGGGAACUUCCUCCAGAGUUAUGUUGUCGGCCCAUGGCCUUUGUGGCUCUAACCGGUCUGGAUGUGGUGUACAAUGCUGUGCAUCGGGCCAUUUGGGACGCCUUCUGCGCCAACCGGCGGGCUGACAGAGUUCCUAUCUCUUUCAAAGUCCUCCCAGGAGACCAUGAGUACCCCAAAUGUCGCACUAAGCGAACAUCCUAUGAGUGGUACAUCCCUAAAGGCAUCCUGAAAACAGGCUGGAUGAAUAAACAUCUGAAUCUGGUACCUGCUCUGGUUGUUCUGUUCUACGAGCUGGACUGGGACGACCCACAGUGGAAAGAGAAACAAUCUGAAUGUGCUACUAAAGUGGAGAUUGUCAGGACCAGUCUGCAGGGCAGGAACACCAAGGUGGCUGUGGUUCUAAUCCAGAAGAAAACUCCUCUUCCUCCAGGAGAGGACCUGGUAGCAUCAGAGAGAGCAGCAGCUCUCUGUAAUGCCUGUGAUCUGUCUGGCAAGAGCCUCUUUGUGCUGCCACACACGGACCACUUAGUGGGCUACAUAAUAAGAUUGGAGAACGCUUUCUAUGAACAUGCUCAAACAUACUACUACACUGAGAUCCGCAGAGUCAAGUCUCAUAAAGAAUUCCUCAACAAGACAACACAUCAG